UGAUACAGAGUUGGGGCUAUUUUCCCUUUAACCCCUUGAUGUUCCAUGCACCCACCAUCACUCUCUCUGCAGCAGUUAUUAACCCUUUCCUGCCCAGUGCUUAUAUGCGGCCCCUCUCCCAGUAUCAGGCCCCUGUCUAUUAACUCCUUCCUGCCAGUGAUCUACAGACUAUGAGUCCAUUGAUACUUUCAUUUCAGUGCAGAACCCCUUUAACCCCUUAUUGCCAAGGGCAUUGCCCCAUUAACCCCUUUGUACAUAAAACAUCACCCUAUUGGUGCUCCCCGGCCCUGGGUUUUUUGCCUUAACAAACUGCAAGGGUGCUGCAGAUGAUUGCGCUAUUAACCCCUCCUGUGCUGGAUAUGAGGGAAGGGUGCAGCCCUAGUUUCCUGCCCACCCCCUGUCUCUUGCCGAGAAUCUUUUAGAAAAGAAGAACUUGUGAGAGAGACAGAGAGAGAGCGAGCGAGAGCGAGAGGGCAGGAAGUGACUGGCUCUGAGCAUCUGACCCACAGCACCGGGACCCACAGGCCGCACCAUGAGCAGGAAGGUUGUGCGCACCAGUAAGUUCCGCCAUGUUUUUGGCCAAGCCGUGAAAGCCGACCAAUGUUACGACGACAUCCGCGUCUCCCAGAACACCUGGGACUCCAACUUCUGCUGCGUCAAUCCCAAGUUCCUGGCCAUCGUGGUGGAGGCCAGCGGGGGGGGCGCCUUCAUGGUUCUGCCUCUCUCUAAGACGGGGCGUCUGGACAAGUCCCAGCCGGUGGUUUGUGGGCACACCGCGCCCGUCCUGGAUAUCGACUGGUGCCCCCAUAACGACAACGUCAUUGCUAGUGGCUCAGAGGACUGCAGUGUGAUGGUGUGGGAGAUUCCGGACGGGGGGCUGACCCGCUCUCUCACAGAACCACUGGUCACACUGGAGGGACACACGAAGCGAGUGGGUAUAGUCUUGUGGCACCCCACUGCUCUGAAUGUUCUGCUGAGUGCAGGCUGUGACAAUCUGAUCAUGAUCUGGGACGUGGGCACCGGGCAGGGCAUUAUCUCUAUAGAGACGCACCCCGACCUCAUAUACAGCGCGGCCUGGAACCUCAGCGGCAGCCUCCUCUGCACCUCCUGUAAGGACAAGAAGAUCCGCCUCAUUGAGCCCCGGAGCGGCAGGAUUGAAGCCGAGAAGGAGAAGCCCCACGAGGGCAGCCGGCCGGUCCGCGCCAUCUUUGUCUCUGAUGAUCAAAUACUGACCACUGGGUUCAGCCGGAUGAGUGAGAGACAAGUAGCUCUGUGGGACCUGAAGUCCCUGGGGGAGCCCCUGACCCUACAGGAGUUGGACACCAGCAGUGGGGUGCUCAUUCCCUUCUUCGACCCCGACACCAACGUGGUGUAUCUGUGCGGGAAGGGGGACAGCAGUAUCCGCUACUUCGAGGUGACGGACGAGCCCCCCUACGUGCACUACCUGUCCCUGUACAGCAGUAAGGAGUCCCAGCGGGGGAUGGGCUACAUGCCCAAACGGGGCCUCGAGGUCAACAAGUGCGAGAUUGCCCGGUUCUACAAGCUGCAUGAGAGGAAGUGUGAGCCCAUAAUAAUGACUGUGCCCAGGAAGUCGGACCUUUUCCAGGAGGAUUUGUACCCCGACACUGUGGGGCCCGACCCCGCCCUGACGGCAGAGGAGUGGCUUGGGGGCAAGAACGCCGACCCCCUGCUCAUCUCUUUGCGGGAAGGUUACGCCCCGAGCAAGAGCCGCGAACUCAAAGUCACCAAGAACGUCCUCAAUACUCGGCUCCCCAAGCGGGUCGGCUCCAACGAGGCUGGAACUCAGGAGUCGGCGCUGGAGCAGAUCCUGGGGGAGAUAAAGCAGCUGAAAGCCACAUUGCAGGGACUGGAGCAGCGAGUGGCAGAGCUGGAGCAGAAAGCGGCCAAUUAGCUGCACCGACAGGAGAUCCACCCAUCAACCCCCCCCCCCAUUCCAAACCAGAGAAACCAAAUUCUAAUACAUUGCACUGAAUGGUACAGUACACACUGAUUGGAGUCUUGCUUUAAACAAAUUCCUGCUUCUGCCCAAAAGUGCCCAGCCGGCCUCUCCCCAAAAGUGCCCAACCGGCCUCUCCCCGAGGCGCCCAGCCGGCCUCUCCCCAAAAGUACCCAGCCGGCCUCUCCCCAAGGUGCCCAGCCGGCCUCUCCCCAAAAGUACCCAGCCGGCCUCUCCCCAAAAGUACCCAGCCGGCCUCUCCCCAAGGUACCCAGCCGGCCUCUCCCCAAGGUGCCCAGCCGGCCUCUCCCCAAGGUGCCCAGCCGGCCUCUCCCCAAAAGUACCCAGCCGGCCUCUCCCCAAGGUGCCCAGCCGGCCUCUCCCCAAAAGUGCCCAACCGGCCUCUCCCCGAGGCGCCCACCCGGCCUCUCCCCAAAAGUACCCAGCCGGCCUCUCCCCAAAAGUGCCCAACCGGCCUCUCCCCGAGGCGCCCACCCGGCCUCUCCCCAAAAGUACCCAGCCGGCCUCUCCCCAAAAGUGCCCAGCCGGCCUCUCCCCAAAAGUGCCCAACCGGCCUCUCCCCGAGGCGCCCACCCGGCCUCUCCCCAAAAGUACCCAGCCGGCCUCUCCCCAAAAGUGCCCAGCCGGCCUCUCCCCGAGGCGCCCAGCCGGCCUCUCCCCAAAAGUGCCCAGCCGGCCUCUCCCCGAGGCGCCCAGCCGGCCUCUCCCCAAAAGCGCCCAGCCGGCCUCUCCCCAAAAGUGCCCAGCCGGCCUCUCCCCGAGGCGCCCAGCCGGCCUCUCCCCAAAAGCGCCCAGCCGGCCUCUCCCCAAAAGCGCCCAGCCGGCCUCUCCCCAAAAGCGCCCAGCCGGCCUCUCCCCGAGGCGCCCAGCCGGCCUCUCCCCGAGGCGCCCAGCCGGCCUCUCCCCGAGGCGCCCAGCCGGCCUCUCCCCGAGGGGGUCUGCUUGCAGAAUAGAGUAAGUGCAGGGAGGCACCCUAGGGGCGGAUCUCAGCGGGCCGUACCUUCCCCGCUGCCCAUGCCCCGGGGGGCCGUACCUUCCCCGCUGCCCAUGCCCCGGGGGGCCGUACCUUCCCCGCUGCCCAGGGUAUCAGAAGCUUCCGGAUGCCAAUGAUUGGUGCCACUGUACAAGGAAAGCUCGGGGUACGAUGCCGCCAGACUGGGCACCACACAGUUAUUCUGCCACGGACAGGCAGGACUAAUACCCCCAGCAUCCCUGCACGAUAGCUGCCUGCCAACAUUUGCCCAGGCUAGGGUAGGUAGAGUCAAUAUGCCCCCAGCGCCCAGAUUGAAAGCUUGGGGGGUUGGGGCAAUUGCCCAAUGUGUCCCUUCCUGCCCCAGAACCAAUAUCUCAACCUUUUGCCAAUAAACAUAAAGUGCGACUCA